AUGAUUCAAAUGGUGCCAACCCUACUUUGCUUCCGACUGCUGCUCAACUUUUUUUUCGGCCGAGAUACGUCCGAGACAAGGUUUUUUGAGGCAUUUGGAGAAGCAGCUCUCCAAUUCGGCACCACCGACCGCAUGGCCGGCGAUAGGAGGAGGGCGGCGUCGACAAGCGCUGCGCUUCCUGUUGGAACGGAAUUUUCUCCAUCUGUAGCGGCAACCGGAUUAGGGAAUAUAUCAAGGAGUACCAGCAGUCACGUCGCAAGUGGUGCUGCAACGACGAAACCAAGCCUAGGACAGCAACUCUUACGCACUUUCCGACAACGGCAGUCGACAGUUUCUGCUCAGACGAUUUCCGUCAAUGUGGGCUCGUCGAGAUCUGCGCCGUCCUCAGCUGCUCUCUUGAGUGCAACGGCUUCGUCGGCUGCAGCUUUCGAUGCCUUCCAGACUACCGCGGAUCUGCAUGACUUCGCAAGCGCAGAUGCCGAGAAGAUCGCUGCAUUUGUCCCAAAGGACGCCGGGGCUGCCGAAGCGCUUCUGGGCGACAUCCGAACGGCGCUCCCCUUGACACAGCCGCAGAGCGAUGAAGCAACAUCAGUGAUCUGCCAGAAGAUCCUCGCCUUGACCGUCGCUGUCAAGACGAGCACAACCUUCGAACAGCAGCAGCAAGAGCAGCAAAGCGACGAGGCGUCCGAAGCGAUCGCAGAUACCACAGUGCAGCCUUGCCUUCCGAGCCUCAGCAGCGUUUUCCAACUAUGCAUCAUCUUGUUGGACGGCGACGCGCCGCUCAGUAAGCUGCACAUCUAUACGGCAGACCUGCUCACGGCGUCAGUCAAGCUUGCCGACCUAUGCAGCUCACAUGGAUCAAUGAGCCGCAGCGUCUCUGUCGGCGAAGCCGUUCUGGACCAAGCUGUCGGAAAGGUCGUCCUUACCACGAUCGACAGAGCGUUGUUCUAUCGCCUGAUCUGCGGUCUCUCCCGUUCGUCUUCAGGCGCUUCGCCCUUCGAAUCUAUGCAAUCUGCCGAUGGCGUUCCAGCACAUCAUGUGCGUGCCGCUCAGCUGCGGGCAUUUUGCGUGCUGUCCCGCGAUGGAAGGGAGAUGGUGGCAUUCCCCGGCCUUAUCGGCUUGCUUAGCGAGUGGAUGAAUUCAACUUGGGUAGCGUUGCUCGCUGCGCGUGUGCGCAUGCGCUUGCUAGCUACUUUAGAAGAUGAAGGUGCGAAUUUGAGGGACAAAGCGGACCUUGCCAGUGAGCUGACAGUCAAGGAGUGGAACUUCCACGCCAUCCUUGAGCUGGUCUCCAACUCCUUUAAGUUCAGCUUUGCCAGGAUACCGCUUGGGAACAUUCAGAGCACUCUACGAACGCUUUGCGGACUUGUCAUGCCCUUCGAAGCCCCAAAAGACAUCGCCACAGCGCAGGUAGUGCCUUCCAGCGAGCAACCUCUGCCUGCUUCUCAAUCGCGGCCCGUUCUCUCUUCGCCACUAUUGCGGCCGCAACGUCGAGCAAGGUCAAAGGAGCGAAAGCCGCUGACAGAAGGCUAUUCGUACUACGGCCUGGAGCUCAACUCUUCUGAGAGCACAUCCCCAACAGAUACGCCGCGACUUACCCCAAGGAUGAAGCCGCAGACGUUACCAGACUCAGGGCCCGAACUCGCAUCACCUCCGCGCCAGAAGGCGCCAGCACCGAUCGUUCUUGCUACCCUUUCCCCUUCUACAGUGGCAUCCAACCCCUUCGGUGGCAGUACUGACGGCCGCACGAGCAGUGUCUGUGCAUCCAACGCAGUAGGUGAGCUGAAAGAGGAGGCAGCAUCCAUUCAAGAACUCGAUCCUUUAAUCGAGUUGCACACCGAGGAUCUGCGGGCCAUCUUCAAGGUGCUCGACUCGCUUCUGCGCUUCGGCCUUGUCCCGCCACAGAGUGUCUCGCCAAUCGUCCUGAUGCUCUGCCGCAUUCUGGGCCAAGCGGAAUCAGCCGAUGCUUCUGGGAAAGAGAAGGCAAAGUCAGUUCGAUCGGAUUGGCGGGAGCAAGCACUGCGGAUCCACAACAACCUGCUGCGAAGCCAUUAUGCCAAUUCUGCCGUCAGGACGGUCGUCGACACACUUGCCAAGCCGACAUCCAGGAGUACCUUGGCGAACAUCGACAAGCCGCUCUUGGUCGGUGGACUGCGCUUCCUUCAGUCCGCCGCCCAGUAUAUCGACGAUCUUGCAGAAGAGGCAGUACAUUCACAGUUGCAAACAGCAAAGCCAUGCUCUGGCGCGGGAGCACAAGAAGAUGCACUGGCACCUGCCUUGAGCCUUCCAAUCGUCAUGCCCGCGCUGCGCGGAGCUGUGCAGUUAGAGAGCGAUGAUGUUGAUCUGGAACUCAUCAAACUCUUUUUCUUCAUCACGCGCGGGAGAAGCGCAUCAGCGCCGAAUCGCGCCACCUGCCUGGCUCCCACUACCACGAUGGAUUGGGACAAUAUGCUCGAGCUUACUGCCAUGGCCAAACGGCAUCUGCAAGCGAUUGGCUCGUCGCUUGGGACACCUUCCUUCUUCCCCCAAAGCGGCGAGAAAUCCAAGCAGGUGAAGCAAAUAUCAAGUGAUGCCAAAAUUGUCAGCCCAGUAGUCACGGCAUUUUUGCAGUUCCUUUCCAGCAGUCGUUUCGCUCGUCCAGGGCAGAGUGGAUCACAGGCAGAUAGCAGCAAUCAGUCUUUGGCGAUCCCUUGGUCUAGGCGGCUGGCAUCGCUGAUGCUCAGCCUGUCACCGCUGCUUCCGGACGACAGAGUGACAGAUCUGGUGGACUAUUACUGGUCGCAGCAUCUCUGUCUUCCUUGCACCACUGAUUGGAUUGCCAACAUCAAGGCUCUGCUGCAAGCUAUCUUCUAUCGGUCCGACGGCCUGGCGCAAGAGUUUGGCUCUACACCGGCCCCAAACGCAAGGCAGCGCGUUGUCUCCCUCGUCUUUGAGCACGUCUAUGUCGCCGUUUUUGAUCUUCCGCAUCAUAGAGCGAACCUUAUGCUCAAUGUGAUCCUGCCGCUUGCAACUGCGUCCUUCGGGAUGGAGAACGAUCCUGCAGUGCAUUCCAAGGUCAGAAGCUCGCUCGUCGAAGCAGCUGCAUCGGCUGGCGCCGCGGAAGAAGUGGUCAGGCUGCGAGAGGACGGCGACGAGGAUCAACCAGCCUUGUCGGGUGACUCAUCGCUGGACGACAACUCCAACGUCUUCAAUGCAGUUCGAGAGCUGCUGUCAAAGCUUGUGCGCAGUGUUCCACUGCCCAAGGAGGACCGAGUUUUCUGCUUGCACUCCGCUAACCGUGCUACCGUACCCAAAAGCGUCCACGCUACCCUCGAUCUCAUCGCCAUUUUCAAUCGCAUGGCAUUCAGUGCGCCAUGGACACUAUCGUCCGCGCGGAUGGAAGCGCCUAACAGUGUGCAUGUUGGUGAAAUCUCUGCAAGAAGGCAUUGCGUAUUGCUCUUCCGCGACCUUGUCCGGAUCAUCGAGGACCCUGUCAUUGAAGGGAAGGAUCAGUCUCAAGGGCGUGUACCGAUCGUUUCUCGACUGUGCGCAUUACAGUGGGCAUUGCGACUUCGCACGGACCGGAGGCAUCGCCUGUAUGUCCUACAAGACCUCGAUGACUACAUCGAGCCGUAUGCUCGCAUGCUGGGUAGGGGCCGAGGCAUUCACGUGGCGACAACUGUGCGCGACGAAGCGCCUGCUCGGGCUGGGCGCGCCACCGAACGUCCGAUAGAAGCAAGUGACCGCUCCAAAUCACGAGUCAGAGAGGAGUCCCGCGAUCGAGGACGCGGCAGAGGGGACGACGCACGAGAGGAUUCUCGAAGGGCUAGGGAACGCAGUCGCGCACCGCCUCCUGGACGAAACGUCGCGGAUAAGCCUUUACAUUGGCAUCUUCCUCAGCGCGUCUUGUUCGAAAUGCCACUGGUGUCCGUCCGUAGCGACAUUGUCUCAACAUACAUCCUGAAAGACGCUUCGUCGCCUAGCGCCGAAGAGCCGCCGAGCGCGGUUCCUCUACCAAUUUCUGAGCUGCUCAGUGCGAUCAUAUCGAUCCUUGCCGAUGAGCAGGACUGGGACCUGGUCUCGUACGUCCUCUGCCAUCUGCCAUUCCAACUCGCAAAUCGAUAUCUCUUUUGUGGUCCACGUGCGCAGGACCAGGUGCUAAAGCUGCGCCAGCUACUCUGCUCAAAACUGCCCAGCUCUAGCCUCUGCUCCAAAGCCACACUGCCGACUGAACUCAGGCGUACCGACCUCAUUGCUGUCGCCUACUUUACUCUGCACAUCCUCAUCAGCUAUCGCACUCUCUUCACGCGAUCGCAGCAAGACGAGAUGGUAGAGUCAUUCUUAGCAGGACUCAACAAAUCCCAGAACACUGCCAGAGCCUGUGUCAAAGCUCUUUCAAUUGCAGCGUUUGAGCUCCAAAAGUCGUUCACUCGCCUCCUGUCUGGUGGCCUUGUGAAGCUAUCGACUGUCAUGUCCUCAACGGCCAUGAGCGUGCACAUUCUCGAACUCAUCGUCUCGAUCGGGCACAUGCCGGCUUGUCAUGCGAAUUUCACGGAGGCUGACUACCGCCGGGUAUUUGGUAUUGCUUUGCAGUACAUCCAGUACCAUCAAAGCCCCGCAGCCUCGUCGCGCGAAGACUUUAGGGCCAGCCCAGCAGCGUUCGCGCUUUCGCAGUACGUGAUGAUGAUGGCGUAUUACAGCCUAGCUCUGUGGUUUAUGCUGCUUCGCGUCAGCGAGCGACCAAAACACAUGCAUGCCAUCGCUCGUGGUCUAAUUUUGGCCAAUGAAGGGCGAGAGAAGAUCUCGGAUCAGACCGAGACCAUGUUCGACUUCCUUGCACGAGCCACGCACGCAAAUGCACAACCCAAGCCUCGACGCUCCUUCAUCAACUCGGUCCUGAUGGGUCCGUCAUCAGUAGGCAUUGGCAGGCCAGGCGUGAAGGAUGCCACUCGCAUCACAAAGUCGUGGCUGUACGGCCAAUCGAUCGUCACGUUCACUUCGCUCCAUCGCAAAGGCUGGGUGGAGAUCGUUAUCAGACGACCGUCCGGCGCCACCGCGAUGCUAUGUAAGCUGGAGAACGAGGAUGGCGUACCAGCAGUGGAUGAUCUGGACGAUGCUCCCGAGAUGCUGAUGUCGAAUCGCGACCCGGAGCGACUGUCGAAACCGGUCAUCAAGGCCCCGCCCAUACCAGUGCUGACUGUGCAAGAACAUCUUCGUCGAGGCUUAUCGACGCAAACACGACGACUUGCUGGGCCUGCCAAGUUCGGACUCGGGAAGCGUCCCCGCGCCCUUUCAGCUGACGCAGGCGCUGAGAUUUUCUCUCGGAGAGACCAGCUUAGUGACGCUGUGCUCAGCCCAACAGUGCCCAGCAACGAUGCGACGGUAUCGUCUCCAUAUCAGGGCGGAGAGAACAAAGUCACUCGAGCGAUGAAAGAAAUCAUGGAGAGUGCUUUGAGGGUAGAGGCAGAAUCACAGCCUGCAAAGGGCAAGCAGAAAGCAGAGAAGGAACAAGCGACGGGCACCAACAAGACCAGCGUUGUUGCGAUGACUGAUCCCAGCUUCAUCGCUCUGCAACUGUCGUCCUAUCCGGACAUUGAUCUCAGCCGCGCACCUCUCAUGCUCCCUGAUGAGCCAGCGACAGACAGAAUGAUCCGUGCUGUCGACCUCACUCCAGUCGUCGACUUCCACAAGAUUGGCGUCCUGUACGUCGGCAAGGGCCAGAACACAGAGAAGGAAAUCCUGGGCAACAGACAUGGCUCUGCUGCCUACUCACGCCUACUGUCGAGGCUCGGAGAUUUGAUCGUGCUGAAGGAGCAGCAGGAUGUCUAUAUUGGAGGUCUGGAUCGAUCGAAUGACGAACAUGGCCCCGUGGCCUAUAUCUGGGGAGACGAGAUCGCGCAGAUCGUCUACCACACUGCAACGCUCAUGCCCAACAAAGUCGAAGAUGCCGCUCACCGAGCGAAGAAGGCGCUCAUUGGCAACGACUGGGUCCACAUCGUCUUCAACGAAUCUGGCGAGGAGUACAAAUUCGGCACGAUCCCGAGUCAGUUCAACUACGUCAACGUUGUCAUCUCACCAGACUCGCGCGGCGGUGUAGAAUUUGGCUCAGUCGCAAUGGACGAUGUUAUCUUUUAUCGCGUGUCCUUGCAAUGUCGGCCGGGUAUGCCCGCUUUCUCCCCUGUCGGUGAUGGUGUCAUGGUCUCCGAAGACAAUCUUGCAGACUUUGUGCGGGUGCUCGCGCUUAACAGCAACCUGAUGAGUCAAAUCUACCUCGACACCGGCGAGUCGAUGCAGCCAUACACGAGUAACUGGGUCAGCCGCUUGCACCAUCUGACGCGCUUCCGGGCACAGCUGGAGGCAAAGCGAGCGCAGACGAAGGCCAAGGACGAGAAAGAAGCUGCUCCUAUGGAUCCACACGAAGCCAUUACGCAUGCAGCAUGUAGUCAACCUGCUACCAUGUAUACAUUCUCCGCCACGACAGCGGCGUGCAUACCCACUUUGCGGUUGGCUGACUUCAGGUCGAUCCUUCUGUCGGAGAUGCGCAGACAGCACUCGAUGAUCGUGCGCGGCCGGCGGGUGUACUCUAGCGCGUCGUGGUCAAGCGGAAGGCCUGGAUAG